AUGUCGUCGGAUACCAUCUGGUCUUCAAAUACGAAUCCGACUGUUUCGCCGACGGGUUCCUCGAUUCGCCUUCUGGAUCAAGUGGAGCCUGAUGUUGCCAAGUUCUUGGCUGGCCCUCCACCUUCAAGUGGACGGAGGUUCUCUUUUGCAGAGACUGGCGAGUUUGAAUCAAACUUGUUUGAUUUCAAGCAGAACUUUCAGCCCUCCUAUGCGGCUUCUACUGGUGGGCCUCAUGCUCCCAAUGUCUCGAAUGUGCAGAAUGCGCCACAGACGACAGGGAACGGCAACUCCAACUUCAACAACCAAGCCAUCCAGCUUGGGACGGCCUCCAUCAGUGGAGGCAUUGCAAGCAGGCAUCCACCAAAAGAGAGUUUUUUGAACAAAUUUGCUUCUGUUGCCGACGCCACUCGUGACAUCGAGUUGUCCAACGGCUUGGGCUCGUUGUCCUUGGAAGGCAGCCAAAGAAGGACAAGCUUCAACAACGAUCAUGUCAAUCCUUUGAUGUCUUCGCCUCAUGGCUCUCUUAGCGAGAAUUUGAAUAUCCCAGCUUCGAGAACCUCGAGACAGCAGUCUAUCAGUGAAAAGAUCGACAAUUACAAUAACAGCUCACCCAUCCAGAACAGUGCAGCGUUGUCGAUUUCUUCAGACUUGAACGCAGGCUCCCAACUGGGCCUCGACCACUCUAAAGCACCUCAAAAUGGGCCCAGCUUCUGGAACCCGGCUGCUGCCACCUCAUUCACACCGGCUUUUGCUCAAAACAACUUCCUUGAGAACUCCGCUUUUGCAAACGGAAACUUGAACAAUUAUCCGUAUAACCGUGGCAACAUGCCCGCAAUGCCCCCAAUCAGCCCACCUCCCUUCAUGAUGGCCAAUCCGGCUCAGUUCGCAGAGGGUGGCAUGUACGGCUUUAUGGGAUACCAAGGUGUUCCACAACCAGGUGAGAGCACUGAGCAAGGCACCGAGAAGCAAAAUUCUGAUGAAGACAACUCGGCAGAUGAGAAGAAAAUGUCUGGUGCUACUUCAUCCAAGACCCUGCCUCCUAAAACAGGUGCUAUUCCCGGUGUUGGCUUAAUGAAUCGUCCGGUGCACCCAGGAUUUGUGUUCAAUCCGUUCAAUCCUUACGCAAUGUACCCACAAACCCCACCAGCUGGUUCUCCGCCGAACGCUCCCAUGGAGAAUAUGCCUGGUGUUGUUCCGCAAGCGAUGCUGCCUGCAGCUUUUGAGGUUGGUAUGAUGCAACCGCCACCUCCACCUCCAAGCGCACCACUGUCUUCCCAAGAAGGAAGAAAUUCUGCUCCAUCAGGUGGCAAGAGAGGCAAGGCUGGUAAAGCCAAUGCGGGCCACGGCAAGGGCGGUAAUCAUAUUUACAGGUCGCCUUUACUAGAGGAGGUGCGCUCGAAUUCGAAGAACAAGGACUAUUCCUUGAAGGAUAUAUAUGGUCAUGCUGUGGAGUUCACAAUGGACCAGCAUGGCUCUAGAUUCAUCCAGCAAAAAUUGCCCCAUGCAAGCGAAGAAGAGACGGAGGUUAUCUUCAACGAAAUACGUGAGAUUUCCUACGACUUGAUGACAGACGUUUUCGGAAACUAUGUGAUACAAAAGUACUUCGAGCAUGGAUCAGAUGUACAGAAGAAUGUGCUUCUUGAGUGCAUGAAGAACAAGACCUACGAAUUGUCGUUACAAAUGUACGGCUGUCGUGUUGUUCAACGUGCUCUUGAAGCAAUCUCAUUGAACGGACAGAUUCAAAUCGUCGAAGAAUUGAGAGAUCACGUACUUGUUUGUGCCAAGGAUCAAAACGGUAAUCAUGUUAUCCAGAAAUCGAUUGAGCGGAUUCCAUUUAACUACAUCAGGUUCAUCUUGGACAGUUUAAGCGACCAUAUCUACCAUUUGUCAACUCAUCCUUAUGGAUGCAGAGUGAUUCAAAGGUUACUUGAGCACUCCGAGGUCACUGAUCAGGAAAAGAUUUUAGCUGAAUUAAACAAGUUCAUCUUCUACCUUAUCCAAGAUCAAUAUGGAAACUACGUGAUUCAGCAUAUUCUCGAACGUGGUGAUAAUGAAGACAGAGAGAGGAUCCUUGACGUUGCCCUUGGUUCCAUCGUGAAUUUCUCGAAACACAAGUUUGCCUCCAACGUCAUCGAGAAGUGUAUAAAGCAUGGUACGAUCGAACAGCGCAAGAGAAUUCUUCAUGAGGUUAUGCUUGGUAACGAGGAUCUUUCCAAAGAGUCUGUUGAGGACGAUUCGCCCCUUGCGUUGAUGAUGAAGGAUCAAUAUGCAAAUUACGUGAUUCAAAAAUUGGUGGAAGGGUUUGAUGCCAAGAGUCAAGAGAAGAAAAAUUUGGUUGUGAAGUUACGACAGUACUUGAAACAGAUUUCCAUGAGGAACAACUACGGCAAACACCUUGCCUCCGUUGAGAAGAUGAUCAUUGUUGCUGAGACUGCUCUUGUUGAAGCCGAUCGUAAUUAG